UGGUUAUACAUAUUAACGUCGGCCAUACUGGCAUGGUUGUAUAUUAACGACGGCCAUAUUGGCAUGGUUGUAUAUUAAAAUCGACCAUAUUGACAUGGUUUUAUAUAUUAAAGUCGACCAUAUUGGCAAGGUUCUAUAUCUUGCACUUUUUGUAUGUUAUUUUUCCAGGUUAACACUUUAAAAACUACCGUUGACCACUUAACCGAGUUAUUAACCAAUAAUGAAUGUAAUAGUAACCCGUGUCGUAAUGGCGGUACAUGCCUGGAUCUGUUUAAUGGUUUUAUUUGUAAAUGUCCCAACGCUUGGCAGGGUAAUAACUGUGAAACAGAUGUUAACGAGUGUUCUAUAUAUGCGGGAACAGAUAUGGGAUGUCAGAACGGUGCAACUUGUACAAAUACCCCUGGAAGUUUCAGUUGUCAAUGUGCUGCUAACUGGCAUGGAAUACGCUGUACGGAGUCUCACGAUGAUUGUACGGGAGCCUCACAGUCAGAACUAUGUGGACAUGGAACUUGUGUAAAUGUUGCAAGAGUCCUGUCCAAUCAGACUAAAUAUAAAUGUAUAUGUGACGAUGGUUGGACGAAGAGUACGUCAUCUCCUGCUUGUACUGUUGAUAUUGAUGAAUGUUCAGCUCAAGCAGCAUCAUGUUCACGAAAUCCCCCAGUACCAUGUAUAAAUAUACCUGGUAGUUUCCGUUGUGGUGUAUGUCCUACAGGUAAGUUCUUAUAA